AUGAAGCUGAGCACGGUUGCCCUCUCUCUUUGUGCCACUGGCGUCGCGGCCACCCCACACAAGUCUGCCCCGGCUCAUGAGCGAGCCGGCGCAGGCGAAGCCCAGUGGUGGAAGAGCGUGGCCUCGUUGGAAUCAGUCCCGGCCGCCAUAACCGCAGUCGGCGAGGCCAUUCAGCGCUCCACGGUGGAUGCCGCCGUCAGCGCUACACAGCAGAUUCGUGACAAGGCUCUCGAAGCGCUCAAGAGUCUUGACCAUCCGCACCGUCCCCCCAAGCACGGCAAGGACCCCAAGCUCACCAUCUACCAGACCCUGCAGGCGUUUGAUGGCGCUAGCGAGUUCACCAAGUUGCUGGACGACUUUCCCAAGCUCAUUGACACCCUGAACAGCACCGAUAGCGAGCACACCCUCUUCGUGCCGCUCAACGGAGCCUUUGACAAAAUUCCCGACAAGUUCAAGCAUCCCAGCAAGGAAGCGUUGGGCAAGUUUCUUCACUACCAUGUCGUCUCUGGCGCCAAGAAGGCCGUGAAUGUCGUAACUAGCUACACUCUGGAAAGUGAGGCUCGGGAGGCUGGCCUGGGAGACGAGCACCAGCGCAUCCGAGUCGGUGCUAGCUGGACGGGAGUCAAGCUCAAUGGAUAUUCCAAAAUCACAGCUGUGGACAUUAAAACUACCAAUGGUGUAAUUCACGUCAUCAGCGACGUGCUUGUGCCGCCGCCGCCUGUUGGCCCAAUCCUGACCUUCUUCCCGUCCUACUUCUCGACGCUGCUUCUGGCGUACGAAAAGACAGACUUCAUCAAGUUCAUCCACGGCCAACACAUUGCAGGCUGCACCUUUUUCGCCCCGAGCAACGAUGCCUUCAAGGGCUUGGGUGCCAAAGCUAACGCCUUCCUGUUCAACACCAAAAAGGGCGCCAAGUAUCUUGACGCCAUCCUCAAGUACACCAUUGCUCCCAACGCGACUGUGUACAGCGAUGCUUUUUACGAUAAGAGGACCGACUCGGCCUCCAGCGAGGGACACCAAGACCACUAUAGCCUAGAUACAUUCCUGCCCGGUGCGUCCAUCGGUGUUGAUAUCGCCUCGGUUCUUGGGUUCCGUGUCAUCAACGUCAACGGCUUCACUGGCGUCAAGUUCCACGACGCCAUUGGCAGCAACGGCGUGGUCCAUGUCGUGGACAAGAUCAUCUUCCCGCCGCACAACGGAAAGCAUAGCCAGGCGACCGAUAUCAGCGUCGAUGAGCUGAAGGAGAGGCUUCGCUCUUAUGUUGUGGAAGAGUCCGAGGAGUAUGCUCCGGAGGAGCUGUAG